GUUGUCAAUACAAAUUUACUUAAAGUUCCGGCGACGGAUCAGAUUUCAUUAAGUUUAAAUAUAAAGUAAAACGUACAAAAGCAGUUCCGCCUGGAUUUGAGUGAAACUGUAAGUGAGUCGCGAAGAGCAUAAGUCGGGAAGUUUUAUAUUGACCAUGAGGAAUAUUUUUAGUUAUAUCCAUCUAUAGUCUGAUGCCUAUAAGCACUACAUAUAUAAAUUUCCCAAAACCGAAUCGAAUUAGGUAUUAUUAGUAUUAUUUGUAGUUGGCAAAUCUGGCAUACAAUUCAAAAUCGGAAAAGUGACACAUUGAAAUUGUUAUGUAAUUUAAAAUAUAAAAGACGUUGUGAGUGAAAAUUUGAUUAACAAUUUAUUGAAAAUUACGUUACUGGACAUAUUUCAAAAUGUCGUCUGAAUGGUGUACUUGCUAUAACACGAAACCACAAGAAAAAUCAUGUGGCUGUAUAGAUGUUGACGGGAAAGAAUGUGUUUGCCUUCCGCCGUCGAAAGAGAAACUAUCUUCUAAUGAGGAAGUCACAAAGCGUAAAAGCUUUGACGAAAGCAGGUACGGGCGUGUUUUUGGCGUUUCUGGUCCAGUGGUUACUGCUGAGAAUAUGUCAGGUUCCGCUAUGUAUGAAUUGGUGCGGGUUGGAUAUUUUGAACUCGUCGGCGAAAUUAUACGUCUGGAAGGUGAAAUGGCAACAGUUCAAGUUUAUGAAGAUACUUCCGGUGUUACAGUCGGUGAUCCUGUUUUAAAGACCGGCAAACCCCUCUCUGUGGAAUUGGGCCCAGGUAUAAUGGGCAGCAUUUUCGAUGGCAUUCAGCGACCGCUGCGUAGUAUAAACGAACUUACAAGCUCUAUUUACAUCCCCAAGGGUAUAAAUGUAACGAGCUUGUCACGAGAUAUAAAUUGGGAAUUUCGGCCAGGCAAGGUGUCAAUUGGUUCACAUUUGACCGGCGGUGACAUUUAUGGAUUCGUUCAGGAAAACACAUUGGUAAAUCAUAAAAUUUUAUUAAAUCCACGUGCAAAGGGUACUGUAAAGUAUAUAGCUCCACCGGGACAAUAUACCGUCGACGAUGUAGUACUUGAGACCGAGUUUGAUAAUGUUGUUACCAAACAUACCAUGUUGCAAGUAUGGCCAGUGCGUCAGCCACGCCCAGUUAUUGAAAAAUUGCCGGGAAAUCAUCCAUUGUUGACUGGGCAACGGAUAUUGGAUUCACUUUUUCCAUGCGUUUUGGGCGGAACAACUGCAAUACCAGGUGCAUUCGGUUGUGGCAAGACAGUUAUUUCUCAGUCUUUGUCUAAAUAUUCCAACUCUGAUGUCAUUAUAUAUGUCGGAUGUGGAGAACGCGGUAAUGAAAUGUCAGAAGUAUUACGAGAUUUUCCCGAACUAUCUGUUGAAAUUGAAGGGGUCACAGAAUCUAUAAUGAAACGUACGGCUCUUGUAGCUAAUACAUCCAACAUGCCGGUCGCAGCACGCGAAGCUUCCAUUUACACCGGUAUCACACUUUCCGAAUACUUCCGUGAUAUGGGUUACAACGUAUCUAUGAUGGCUGAUUCUACCUCCCGUUGGGCCGAAGCGCUUCGCGAAAUUUCAGGUCGUUUGGCUGAAAUGCCUGCCGAUUCUGGUUACCCAGCCUAUUUGGGUGCUCGUCUAGCCUCCUUCUACGAGCGUGCUGGACGCGUCAAAUGUUUGGGUAAUCCAGAACGUGAAGGUUCCGUCUCCAUAGUCGGUGCUGUAUCGCCACCGGGUGGUGAUUUCUCAGACCCUGUUACCUCGGCCACACUCAGUAUUGUACAAGUAUUUUGGGGGCUAGAUAAAAAGUUAGCACAACGUAAGCAUUUCCCAUCAGUAAAUUGGCUAAUAUCGUAUUCAAAAUAUAUGCGAGCGCUGGACGAAUAUUAUGAAGUGAAUUUUCCGGAAUUUGUCCCUUUACGUUUAAAAGUUAAAGAAAUUCUGCAAGAAGAAGAGGACUUAUCAGAAAUCGUACAGCUUGUGGGUAAAGCUUCAUUAGCCGAGACCGAUAAAGUAACUUUAGAGGUUGCCAAGUUGAUUAAAGACGAUUUUCUUCAGCAGAACUCAUAUUCGACAUAUGAUCGUUAUUGCCCAUUCUACAAGACUGUUGGCAUGCUGAAUAACAUAAUUACUUUCUACGAUCUAUCACGUAAUGCUAUAGAAACAACAGUUUCGGAUGAAAAUCGAGUUACAUGGAAUGAGAUACGUCAAGAAAUGGGAAAUAUACUGUACGAAUUAUCAUCCAUGAAGUUUAAGGAUGCACAAAAAGAUGGAGAACGAAGAAUCAUGCAUGACUACAAAAAACUUAAUGACGAAAUGCAAUUGGCUUUUAGUCGAAUGUUGGAAUGAAUUAAUUUGGUAAAACUAUUUCAUUCGAACUCAAAUUCUACUUAUUGCGUAACACUAAUGAUACCGUUAUUAAUAUUUUUAUACUACUGCAUAGCACAUACACAGUCAUAAAAAACUUAAUAAUUUCCAUUUGCUGAACUUAUAACUGAAUAACGUAAAACUUUUUAAUUUUUACUCACAGUUUUAGUUUAUACCACGCACUUGAGAUUUCAGAUUUUAUAUCAAAAAUAAAUGUUUUAAUUUAAA